GCUCGGCUCGAGAUAAUCCGAGUAGUUUGUGAUCGCCUUGUCGCUGGAGGCUAGAUCUUGGAGAGGGAGGAGUGAAAUUUCUUCACCCUUGCUCGCCCGGUUUAUUUUCGUCUUACGCUCCGUGCGCGCGCUUUCCGGCGCCUCGACUUUUCUCUCUUUCUUUUGGUUUUGUUCCUCGAAAAGCCAGUCGAGGGUCAACGCACGUACGCGGCUAUGUGAAUUUAUAAUCGUUUGCGAUUUUAGCUACUACUCCUCCGAGACACGCAACUGGUGCGCUAUUUAGAAAGAGUGCGCGGAAAAAUCGGAAAAUGAAGUACAAGCAAGUAGAGUUUUCAAAAAUGAACUAGACUCGUGAGUGUUUUUUUUUCGGAAAAUUGUUUUGUGACCGGGGGAGAAAAAUUGUCGAGAAGGAUAGGUGGUUUUCCGUCCGAAUGUGGUGAGCAGACCAGGCCUUGCCGCAUUGUUGCUAUAUUUAUGUGCAUGGGGAGGAGACUAUUGAGUGAGUGUUUUUGUUCCCCGGACCAAGUACGCCCCUCGGCUAGGAUUCAAUUCCCGGAAUUGGCGGUGGCUUUGAAUUGAGGGGUGCCGUCUGGAUGCUUUUAAAUUUUAAAGGUGUUUAAAGGGCACUUUUCGGUGGUGGGGUCAGGUCCAGAAGACUUUCGGCGAAAAUCACGCAGAUGUCUUCGGGAAACUAAAUCAGCCUGCAAAGGACCUCCGCUACCAUUUACAACAGUGCCAUAAAGAAACUGCCUUCCAAAGAAGUUCCGCCAUAAAAGAUUAGCUGCAACAUUGCCAUCCACUUCCAUAAAACUUGGUUCGCCAAUGAUCAAUCAGCGUCUAGACCGUAGCUAAUUCCUCAACAAUAGGAGAGCCGGAUCUGAAUAUGGAGUAGUGAUCCGUCCGAAGAUGAGUGACGCCUCAAGAUUCCCGGGGGCGAGAUCUCGGGUCCGCAAAGGGCCUGAGCUAUGUUGACGGCGCGGGACUCGCUCGAGAUCUCGCAUCAGCAGGUGACGGGUUUGCAUCCACGAAUCUGCGCGACGCGGCGCGAUCUUUUCAUUUCGGCAACAGUCGACCCGCGGCCAGGUCGUGCCGUACACUGUCCGGACCAAAACGCCUGUCUCAUAAACGAACACCGACUGGGUCAUGACAUAGACUGUAGAUCGGUACAUUUUGGAUACGCCAUCCCGGUGCAUGUGAUACCACUUGCAGGGCAUCCGGAUUUGGCGGAGCUGACAUUGGACCCCUUGGAUUUGAGUGCCCGAGCUGUGGAGUACUUGUUGCUCCACCAUCCACAACUGCAGGAGCAGAAUCAUUCUAAGGCCAGUAUGGCCGCGACAGCAAAACGAGAUCUCAGAAGGAAGUUCUCGGCAGAGUCAUCUGGAGAGGAGGACAUUGCCGCGAUUGCUAAGCAAAUUAGCGACCACGCUGAAGCUAUCUAUCAGACCUGGAAGAGCCGCGGACUCGCUCCAACGGAGAUUUUGAACUGUCACAACAAUGCGGCAGCUGCUGAUGAAUUUGGAAGUGCCCUCUCCCCGGUUUCUGGACCGAUGAAGCGCUCCAGUGUUGUAGAUGGGAUCGUGUCGUCCCCUGAGCUAGACAACAAUAAUCUUGAGAAGCUAGUGAACAACUUCGUAGAGGAAGAUAAGGCCCGGCUUGCGGCUAGGCAAAGAUCCCCUGGGAAGAAUUUACCAUCAUCAAUCCAGUUCGCGCUACAAAAAUUUGAACGCAACUCGGUUCAGACACAGUCCAAGUCAGUCAAGUCCCUGAAUAGCGAGAACCUGCACAAUUCGCAGGGUCAAAGUGUCAUUCAGACACCGAAACUGAACCUCUCAAAUGAUGCUAAGGAAAAGGAGCGACCUACAAAUCUAGAUUUAAACACAGAGUUGUAUACCGAUGUCACCGACUCUUCAGGCCUGAACACCUGGCCCUUGAAAAAUAAGAUCUUUAACGAUUUCAAGAAGACAGAAAAACCUCGGCAAAAAAGCAAAUAUGGAUCGGGGACUGCUAAGGACAACUCGCUCUACCUCAUGGAAGUGGCUCGGGAGGAAAAGAGGCUCAUUGACGCGUUAAAGACAGGAGCACUCAUCUCUGAUGAUUCCCGAGACGAAACGGAUUCCGUUUCUUCCAUUUCAAAGGAUGUGCCCGACUACUCCCAACCCGUUUUAAAUAUUACCAAUCACACUGCACCCUUCCCUCUGAUCGAGGCCAAAUCCCUCAGCAAGGAAGAUCUCUCUACGAUGUCUCUAGUCGAUUACGCCAAGGUUCGAUACCGGGCGGCCCAAAACCUAGUUCAAGAGAAACCCAAACCGGGAUUGAACUCCACUGAACAACUCGUCUCGAUUACAAGGACUAAAUUUGAACCUGAAACGAAUACAAGUCCGAAAAAGGAGGAUUCCAAGGACGAGAAGGAAUUUAUCCCUGCGAGAUGGGGUUCGAAAGUGAAUUCCUCGAGAUCAAGACUGGAGCAGGUUCCGCAUCCUGAACUGACUGUGCAGCAGAAACAGCAUAUCAGAUCUGCGGGGACUGCUGGGACGGGAAAUAAUCCAGUUAGACCGUUCUUGACGAGGGGAUCAGUUGCCGAAAGAGUGCUUAUUUUUGAGAAAUGUCCUAGUGAAUUGCUGCUGGACAAGAGGGGACCUCGGCAGCCGGUUAUUAAUACUUGGAGGGGCAGCCACGAUGUCCACAGUAAAGCCCAGUCUUACGUUCGUGAUAAGCAGCAGAAGGGUCUUCCACCGCACACAACACUGCAGAGACACGUGAAGGCAAAUAAAAAUGUCGACAUCCCAAGGUUUUAUUUCCCCGAGGGAAAACCAGUGUCACUCUCGCAAGUGGAGGCAACAGUGGCUCGUAUCGCGGCCGCUUUUCAAGUUCUUCCAGGUCAACGAGCAUCGCGCUCGCAGUUCCACAUCAUUGCUAAAGCUUGUGACCUGCCCUUAUAUUGGAAAGUUCCUCUCUUUCUCGCAGCUAGGGGUGACCAAACCGGGUUUGUUGAGAUGAAUGCUUUUCUUGAAUUUUGGAAAGAACUAACGAACAAGCAUCACGAUGCGGCAAGCAGAUUCGUGAAGAUCACGACAAGAGGUGUGAGAAACAGUAUUUUGCCGGAGGAUCUGAUUCCACUGGUGCAGGACGUAGUGGAGACUCAUCCAGGUUUGACGUUCCUGAAGGAGGCAAUCGAAUUCCACUCACGAUAUGUUCAUACAGUAAUCGCCAGGAUAUUCUAUUGUGUGAAUCGCAGCUGGAGUGGGAAAAUCUCUGUAGCAGAACUUAGAAGAAGCAAUUUGCUCUCUGUGAUUAACCUUCUUGAGCAUGAGGAGGACAUCAAUCAGGUCACAGCUUAUUUCAGUUAUGAACACUUUUAUGUGAUUUACUGCAAAUUUUGGGAACUGGAUCGGGAUCAUGAUCUAUUUAUCGAUAAAAUGGAUCUCAUGAGACACAAUGAUCAUGCGCUAUCAACGCGCAUGAUCGAGAGGAUAUUCAGUGGCGCAGUGACUAGAGGAAAUGCUAAAAAUGCAAGUGGAGUUCGCCAAGGGGAGGGAAAAAUGAGCUACACAGAAUUUGUCUGGUUCCUCCUGAGUGAGGAAGACAAGAAUCAUCCAACGGCUAUCGAAUAUUGGUUCAGGUGCAUGGAUUUGGAUGGGGAUGGCUACUUAUCGAUGUACGAGUUGGAGUAUUUUUACGAGGAACAGUUACUGCGCAUGGAGGCGAUCGGGAUCGAGACUCUGCCCUUUGAGGAUUGUCUCUGUCAAAUGCUGGAUAUGAUUCAUCCAACGAUCCCGGACAAAAUUUCUUUAAACGAUCUGAAGAAAUGUAAAAUGACGACGAUUUUCUUUGAUACGUUCUUCAAUCUUGAAAAAUAUUUGGAUCACGAGCAAAGGGAUCCGUUCGCUUCUGUCAGGGAGCACGACGCCGAUGGUCACGAGCUAUCGGAUUGGGAUCGUUUUGCUGCCGAGGAAUACGAACUGUUGGUAGCAGAGGAGAACGGAAACGAUCAAACCGAGCCGAUGCUCCAGGAGAAUAUUGUAGAUGACGAUUAUGUCUCCAAUCAGGAUCUGAAUCCUGAGUCAAAUUCAUCCCAAACCGGAACUUCCGGACCACCAAGAUAUCCAAAUGAGGCGGGAAAUCUGGACCCUCAACAACCAAAGGCCGCUUACUGCGACAGCUGUGAUAGCGACGAUUACGCGGAGAGUGACAAUUAAUUUUGGCGAUGUCCUAGUUUAUAGGUGCGAAUGAUCAUGUGCAUGAGAAAGGCAGAAAGUGUGAUUGAAUGAUUCCUAUCAAGUGAGAGUAAAAGAAGCCGAAAAAUUCGAGUAAGUAAGGAAAUGUUCGCCCCCCACAAGAGAGUUAUUUUCAACAAAUAUCCGUGAAAUAAUCAAGGAUUCGUUUAUUUUAUCUCAGGGGAAAAAAAAACAACUGUGGAAGAUAUAUUUUAGGAUGAAAUUAUUUUUAUGACCGAGUAAUGAUCACUUAAAGAACUUUCCUACUCGAGUUUGUUUGAGCUUUAUUGAAUAUAAAGCUGCUUGUAUCCUAUUAAAUCAGGUAGAAUUUAUAUAGAACCGAGUGUUAGGUGUCGGUAAACGUUAUCGAGGAUUUUAUAUUCUAAUUUAUUGUUUGAUAUUUUUACUCGUGUAGCGGUAACGCGUUGGUAUUAUAAACGAUCUGUAGUGUUAAGAUCCUGUAAUAUUCGAGUGUAAUCUAUUUAUUACGGAAACUCGCCAUUGUCGAGGCAUUUUCGGAAAACGAUAUUACCUCCGGUAGCUCUCUUUAGUUUAAAUAAAUUUCGUUAGAGAAAAAAUUA